AUGAAAAAGAAAAGAAUUAUUAAAAGACACAAUAAGACUUGUUGCAACAUAAACUCUCAACAAUUAAACUCUGCGAUAUGGAUCAUUCAAAAAUAUGGUAGUUCGAUUACACAAGUUGAAAACAGUAUUUGUAGUUCAGGUUACUUUACAUGUUCAACAGGAACACCUCGUCAUAUCACUAAUAUUAAUUUAGUUGGGUAUUCAACUACAACUACUACAACACCAACAGGAGUGAGUCAAUUUGAUUUCCCAGAGUUGGUGAAUCUGAAAAUCACUGCUUCAAUAUCUUUUACAAAGCCAAACACAAAUAUUUUGGAAUUCAUCACAGCUAGUAUGACUAGUCUACGAGUUAUUGAUAUUAAAUCAGAUUCAACCGCUAAUAUGUUGCCUCCAAAUUUUGGACCUUCUUUGCCAUUAUUAACUUUCUUUUCGGUUCAAGGUGCUAAAUUUCAACACGACGUUAUAUUUAAUUUUGGUCCUGCUAUUGAGAGUGUCCAAUUUGAAGUGUUUGGGUACGUCGCCAUCGAUGAGACCACUCCUAUACAUCCAAACCUGAAAAAGUUAAAUAUUGGGGUAUACUUGGCAACCGACCGUACCAUAUCGUUUACUGCUCAAUCAUUCCCAGCGUUGGAAGACAUCACUCUUUUGUCUGUUAUUUCAUCAAAAGCAUUGACAACCUAUUGUAAUGUUUCAAAUCCUAAAAGUUUUACUCUUUCAUCACCUCAAUCUGCAACUGAUUCUGUUGUAUAUAUAUUGAAUCCUCAAUCUAUAACCUUAUUGAGGCUUCAAGGUGCACCAAUAAAGCUAUAUCCUUCAAUAGAUAGUUUUACAAAUAUAGUUACUCUAACCUAUCAAUUUGCUACAUUUACCAAUUUUCCAUUUACAGGUCAGUACCCUAAUUCACUUGAAACAUUUUCUUCAACUGUCGGACAGUUAACGGCAUUCCCAAACAUUCCAAUCAAUAAUGUAAAAACAAUACAACUCGCUGGCAACAAGCUACAAGGUGACAUUCCUUGGAGUGCAUUGCAGGAUGCCAAUAAUAUAUAUUUCGAUGUAUCUAGCAAUACUGACUUGGUGACUGCGAUUCCACAAUCAUUUUGCAAUAAUAGAUUGAAUCUCUAUCAAUGUCCAGGUAUUACCGUUGUACCUGAAUGUUUCCUUUGUUACCAAAAGAAUACUGAGAAUGUUUACACAGACAUUGUUCUAGACCCUGGUUUUACUUGCAAUAUUACAUUUCAAUCGACAAAUAUUUAUACUAUAUUUGGAUAUGGUUAUAUCAAUGGACAAAAUAUUGGAUAUGGAAGCAUGUCGGUUGAUUUUCAAUACAAUUUAAGACCUGUCAUUCCAAACAGAAUCAUAGAAGUAGAAGAUUUAUCUCCAGCUGGACCACCAAGACCUAUUUUAAUCAGGUUGGAUAGCUUUUAUCCAGAAUACGAGUUCACAUUUACAACAGUGGAAGUUGGUAUAAUGAUGGAGGGAGAUGUAACAUAUAAACAACUCGCAUCACAGACUAUUCAAUUUCAAGUUUUUGCCAAUGCACUCAAUUCAUUUAUUACUCACACCAUCAAAGUAAAUAAUGCAAUCGAUUGUAUCACUUCACCAGUUGGUCAGAUAACUACCAAUACCAUUGUGUAUUGCAAUAUUACAGGACAUUCAUUCAAACAAGGUGACACUUGGAAUUUCGCAGUCUCCAAUUCCCAAUACCAACUUGACAAAACUGUAAACAUGACAUCAUACUAUCCAUCAAAUAUGGUAUUGGCAAAUUGGGAUAGUAUUAUCAAAGUUGGUUCAGCCUAUGACUUUACAGGCAGUUUUGGAUCAGCUACAAUGGAUCAAGUGGCUGUAUACUUUAAUGGGGAUUCAUCCAUUUGUAAUGUUAGGUCUUUUAUUUUAGGUCUAAUGCAAUGCAACCAAACUAAAUUCUGGCCAGGUAUUGGAUUGACAAAUAUUACAAUAUCUGUCAAUGGGUUCUCCUCCACCCCUAUAUUUGCCAAUAUAACAUCAGUUCAAAGUUUAUGUAUUUAUUCUAAUGGUUGUUCGGGUCAUGGUACUUGUGAUCAAAACGGUACCUGUAUUUGUGAUACUGGUUAUUAUUCUGAUAAAUGUUCACAGAAAUAUCCUACUUUUGCAUCGGGAGAAUAUGAUUUAAACGAUAGAAAAUUGAUCAGUAUCUAUGGUGAUUUCGGACCAUUCAAUCAAACUAUUGUAUCAAUCACUUUGAAUAAUACUGAUUGUCAAGUUACAUAUAAAUCACAGUCAUUGAUUAAUUGUACAUUGGUCAGUGAACCAACUGAUGGUUUGGCUUUGGUCAGAUUGACUGUUGAUAAUUCAACAAAUAAUGGAAAUAAUUGGAUUUAUUUUAAACCUUCAUCACAGGGAUCAGGUUCUGGAUCAGAUAGUAAUGAAUUAACAUGUCCAUUUAAUUGUUAUGGUCACGGUCAAUGUAUCAAUGGGAAAUGUAAAUGUGAUACUGGAUAUAGUUCAAUCGAUAAUUGUUUGACAAAGACAAGCAAUCACACAAACACACCCAAUACAACAUCACCAACAACAUCAUUUGAUAUCGAUGGAAUUGAUUUCCAAUUUGAAAUGAUUGCCAUUCAAGAAAUAGACACUGAUGAUAAUAUCAUCAAUCAAGUAUUGACAAACAGUUGGAAUUCAACAUUAUCAUUAGAUAAUCAAACACAAACAACAACAGUCAACUAUCAACUCAACAACAGUGAUACAACAACAACAACAGCAACGAUAUUGACAGAUAAUCAAACACAAACAACAACAGUCAACUAUCAACUCAACAACAGUGAUACAACAGCACUAGUAACAGCAACGAUAUCAUUCUCACAACAACCAAGAGAUAUUCAAUUUGGUUCACAACUACUUCACAUCGAUGCCAAUUCAAUCAAACUAUCAGUCAACAUUAGUAAUUGGACAUUCAACACAUUCUUGACAACACUCAGAGUCAUCUUCAAAACAACCAUCAACAAUGACCAAUCAAUCGAAUUUGAUUGUCAAGAUGUUAAUAUUGAUACACUCAGCUACGAUCAACUAUCCAACUCUAUUCAAUAUCUACGAGUGGUAAAAGAUAAUAUUCAAUUCACAGGUAGAUUUAUCGAUUAUGUAUUAUCUGAUGGAAGACCAACAUUCUCUAAAACAUCAAUUAUCAACAAAACUGAUGAAUCAGGUGAUCAAUCACAAUCAACUAUAUUAAUUGGAAUAAGUAUGCCACAAUGCCAAUCAUGUUCCCUCGAUCCAGAUUUCACACCAUUAUUAAUCGACAAGAGUAAUGACAAUGGAUGUGACAGUAAAUCCGAUACAUGGAGAAUCAUUGUUUGUGUUGUUGUUGGAGUUGUUGGUGCUGUUGCCAUCGGAGUAGCAUCCAUUAUAUUGAUUAAAAAGAAGCAAACAACAAAGAGAUACAACGAUAAAAUGCAACAUAAAUUAGCAAAAAUGAAUUAA